AUUCAAAAUGAGCUCGGACAAUGAAAUUGAAGACCUGAAGCGAGCAUUUAUUUUUGCUUUACGAAAAAAAUUUCCACGUGAUUCCUCUUCCUCCAUAGCAAUUGCGACAGUGAAUUUGAUCAGAAAAAUCAUUUUCCGCGAAAAUCCAAAGACAAUGAACGAUUUGCAAGUUUCGUUGGCAAAUCACUGCAAAAAGCUUCACGGAGCCGAGCGAUCGGAGCUCAUUAUUAUUAAUAUCGGCUUAAUGAUCACGAAAUUGGCUCGAGACGAAGUUCUUCAGAAGAAAGGCGGCGGAGAGCCGGAGCCACUGUAUACGCUGUGGAGAGAUGACGAUGAGACGAUUAAAAAGCUGAAAACAGCUGAUAUGAAGAAGAUUAAAAAAGAUCUUCAGGCUUCCAUUAAGGAGCUAGUAACGGAAAUCGAAUCAUCUCGUGAAUGUAUUGCAUCUCAAUCAACGGAACUUUUAUUCAAUAAUGAUGUUGUACUAGUUCAUUCACUUCGUUCAUCUCAAACAAUGCACAAUUUCCUAUCACAUGCCGUCAAAUCAGGCCGAAAACAUCGUGUAAUUGAUGUAGUUGAUGAAGAAGAACAUAUUGAAUCAACUCCUGACUUUGCAACUGCAAUUGAGCUCUAUGAAGUCGCCUCGAAGAUGCCUGAAGCCUCGAAAGUUGUUCUAGUCGCUGCUGCUUAUUUCCCUGAUGGAUCAUGUCUUGUACCUGCUGGUGGACAUCAAAUUGCACUUCUUGCCAAGAGGCAUUGUGUUCCAGUCUACGUGCUCGCUCCAUUCUACAAACUGUGUCCAUUCUUCAUGACAAAUCCGGAUUCCCUGCACACAUUCCGCUCGAAUUCCCUUCCAUUCGAUCUAUCAGCCAAAUCAGCAGGCCUUGUAGACUGUCUUCAUCCGGCAUUUGAUUGUCUUCAAUCUGAUUUGGUUACCCUUUUUGUCUCGAAUACUUCAUGCGUUAUUCCGUCUCAUGUGAAUCGUCUCAAGGAAGAUUAUUAUCAUUCACAGGAUAUUGCUGAUUAUUAAUUUUAUAUCGUUUUCUUCUAGCCUCAUAACUUGUACCCCCCGUUUUUCUCCAUUUUUUCUGGGUCUUUUUUCGUCAAAUUAUUGUUUCUUUUUGUUUGUUUUGCGCCUCUCAAUUUUCAGUAAAUUAUUUUAUAAUU